AUGGAAAUCAUUCCCUUGUUCAGGCAAACAGUGAUCUACUCUCGAUGGACGGAAUCUCGCGCCCUCGAGAAAGCGAAUACCGGAAUGUUUGCAAAGGUCCUUUCGAGUUCAGCUCACCCACGCUCGUUCAAAGCACUGGGUGAAGAGAUGGUUUGUCGACACAGUAUCUGCCAGAAUCUCGUUGUUGAUGGCGGGCUCGAGAAUGAAGAUCUGGUCAAAGGACUUGCAGAGAAAUACAACAUCCGCCGAGGUGGUAGCGUCUGCAUUACCAUCCCCCAGCGAACGGCCAAGUCGAGGUCAGCCACAAGCCAAUCAGAGAUGCCCUCACCAAAGUCUGUCUGCAAAGCGGAAAACCAGAGUGAUUGUUCGGACCACCUUGAUGCAGUUCCGUCGGCCGACAGGACAUCGAUUCGGACAAGUACAGGACUGACGCCGUACGAGAUUGAAUUAUCCACCUUGAUGGACCAAUCCGGCCAAUUGAACUCGAAAUCUGCACGUGGAGCGUCAUGCCAUGCCAUGGCAACAGGUGCGGAACCGUUCUGA